UUCGGCCUUUCUUUUACCUCCAUACUCCCUAGUGCCUGUCAUCUCCGGUAGCCGAAAAGGAAGACGUGUCUUCCUCCCUUCCUAAAUAUCAUCUGCACCGCCAGCGCUCUCUUAAAGAGAGACUCAGCUCUCCGACUAGUUUUCCUUCUGCUGGAAUCCCAAUUACUUUCUGUUGGGUACAUAGCUCACUCAGCGCCUCCGGGGUUUUGGAACAACUAGGAAAGAAGAAAGUGGAGGGAUAGGUAGUUUCGGCUGGGGAUAGGGCCCCAAAACGUCCAGAUUUUCUAGGAAAGUACUUAUCUAUCCAUCAAAAUCAAUACCAUCAAAAAAUGCACUGACCCCACGGACCUGAGCCUAUGCUUCCUCUUUGACGACGUUUUCAUUUGUUUACGGUUUUGGACUGGAGAUGUAUAUUCAGAAUGGAUUUUCUGAAUGUUUCCCGUGCCCAGAUUGGGUUUCCAUUUGGAGGAGAAAAAUUGCAAGAGGUAACAGCAAAGCGAUGUGUGCGUUUUGACUGCUGUAGUUAAUCUGCGAAAUUCUUCAUUCACUUUAUAAAGCCAGAUGCAAUCCUGGGGGAAGUGACAAUGGCAUAAAUUACUCUACCCUCAGGCAAUCAUAGUUCAUUUUUUAUGCAGCCCUUCAAGAUUUGUAAAGCGCUUUACACACAGUAUCUUAUUUGGUCGCACAAUACUCACAGGAAGAGAUGCAGUAAGUUAUCUUUAUGCUACAGAGAAGUGAACAACUUCAGAGAGGCCGAUACUUGCCCAGGUCGCAGAACUAAUAAGAUUGACGUGGGUACUCGAGGAAAAUCAGCCUCAGCUAAAACCCGGAGACUCUGCAGCGGAACAGCUCUCGGCCUCAAGCAGAUUUCGGGGUUGGGGAGAGUCAAGACGGGGAGAGCUUUUCUCUCUCUACACGUGCAAGUAGGUAAUAAAAUCCCGAGGCUGGCCAAGAAGCCCCAGAGUUCACGAGAGACUGGAGGAAAGAAGCUGCCCCAUCCAGCAAUCCUACAGGGGCCCAGUCGGGUCCCAGUGAUCCUAUGGAGACCCAGGCUCCUCAGAUCCUGAGUUUGGAUCUUUCGGGGUCAACCUACGAAGAUCUGCCACCAGUUGAGGAGAGCCCCGAUCCAGCGACCCUACGGCUGGGAGGGAGCGGCGGCGGAAACUGCCACAAUUGCCCGGACUCCCCGGCUCGAAGCCCUCCCUCUCUGCCUAGGGGCAGCCCCCAACUCCCCAAAAGAGAUGCCAGCCUCUUGGAGCAGAAGCUGCUGGAUGCCCGCCGCUGCUGCCGCGCCCGCUCCUUCUCGCUUCCUCCGAGCCCUAUCCUAGAAGCAGCGAAGUUACUGCAGCAGCAGCAGCAGCAGCAGAGGCUGAAGCCUCAGCCCGAGGAUCCCGGCGCCGAGUGGGACGAGACGGACCAAGAGGAGGAGCUGCUGAGCCCCGGCGCCUGUUGCACCAAGUGCAAGAAGCGGGUGCAGUUCGCCGAUUCUCUGGGGCUCAGCCUGGCUAGCGUGAAGCACUUCAGCGCGGCCGAGGAGCCGCAGGUGCCCCCCGCCGUGCUCAACCGCCUUAAGAGCUUUCCCAUGCGGGAGCGGGACCUAGAGCAGAUUGGGGACCUGCUGGCCGCGGCCUUCUCCCCGCUCUUGCCGGAGGGGAGCCGCCCCACUCCCGCUCUAGCGCCGCAGCUGCCCAGCCUGCAGCCUCUCUUCGAGCUGCCCGGGCCCGGUGGCGCUACCUCCGAGCGCCUCCUUCUGCAGCGAGUGUGCCUGGAGCAGGUAGACUGCGGAGCGCCUCCUGCCUACGAGGUGAAGGGCUCCGGCCGGGUGUUACGCUGCGCUGGGCCCCGGGAGGUGACCGUGCGCUACACCUUCACCGAAUGGCAUUCCUUCUUGGACUUGCCCGCUACGCUACAGCCCGGCCAGCCAGCACAGCUGGAAACGCAGGGGCAAGAGGAGCAACCCGGGCGAACUUACCUAGACCUAGGGACUGGGAGAUCUGAGGAGGGGGCUGGUGACCCGGGCGAGCCAGACACCGAGCGCUUUCACUUUUCCCUGUAUUUGCCUCCUGGACUGCUAGGGGAGAAGGAGGAGGAGCAGCAAGGCUUCGCCGUGCACUUCGCUGUCUGUUACCGCUGCGCGCAGGGUGAGUUCUGGGACAACAACAGCGGAGCCAACUACACCCUGCUCUGCCAGCUGCCGCAUCCCACGCAGGUGCCUCCCGAGGGCAGCCUCGAGGGUCCUCAUUGAACCGCGGAUCUCAAUACCUUUCCUCUUCCUCCCACAUGCAAACAUUUGUCUAGUGGUCAGACCUGGAGACUUGGGGGUGGGGGGGACUGGGGAGAGGUAGCUAGGGAAGGAGGCAGGGACAAGCUCAGGAAACUUUGGGUCUCUUUUGGCGACUUGCAAACUCGGCGGGGGAUUGUGGGAAAUUUGCCGGGUGAUCCCAUUUCUCACCUAUAAACUCCUUGGGAUUUUUUUUUUUGAGGAGGGAAGGAGGAAAGAGAAGGGGAGCGUAAAGAAACUUCGAAAGCUGUGCCGCUGCUGCUUGUUAUGGGAUUGAUGCAGAGUCUCCAGGAA